CAUAUUUAUCAUAUAUUUAAUGCAACGACAAUCUCGCUUUACACUUUGCUGCUUUUUCUCUGAAUUUGUCCUAAAUAGGAGGAUGUGAUUAAGCAUGUUUUAUAAUUGUAGACUAUUUAGUCUUAAUUUAAAUGAUCAGAUCUCUUCUGUAGACGAGCCACCCUAAAGGACAUUAUAUACCAUGUUGUUUUUUAAGUGAAAUGUAGAAUUGACAUACAUGUAAAUCAUUUUAAGGACAAUAAUCUAUUUGGCAAGACUUUUUUCUAGAUUUAAUUUAUUAAUCUCUUGCAGUGCUUUGUCAUUACUCGGCAAUUGUUGGACAUUAGUUAAACAAGAUAUACAUACAAUAAUGUUUUAUUUUAUCUUUAAAUAUUGUAUUCUUAUAAAUAGUUUAAUUGAACGUAAAAGGUAUUACUGCUAAUCUGAUGCCCUGGUGGGAGGGAGGGGAUACUGGCCACUCUGGAAAUGCUCCUGUCUCUUUAAAUAUUCUUGCAGUAAUUCCUUGAACAUGCACAUGGCCAUGAAAAAGAGAUAAAGCUUGAAGACAUCCACACAAACCCAGGCUUUGUGAAUAAUACAGCUGCUGCUUCCUGUGUUUUGCACCUGCAGAGAGGGAGGAGGAGGAGGAGGAGGAGGAGGAGGAGAGAACACAGUCAGUCUGAGGAGCAACAACAAGUCCUCGGCUCUCAUCUUCUUCCCUCCAUCGCUCCUACAGCUGUUCUUUCUACCAACUUAAAAUGCUGUUGCACAUCUGGUGUAUAGUUUGGGCUUCUCUCAUUCUUCUGCACGGCAGGUCUGUGUUCUGUAAGGAGAUGAAGCUCCCCAGCAGGGCAGCCAAGCCCCCCUCCCCGUCUGGCUUUCUGGACAAACUGAUGGGACGCACAUCCGGCUACGACGCCCGCAUCAGACCCAACUUCAAAGGUCCUCCUGUCAACGUCACCUGCAACAUCUUCAUCAACAGCUUCGGAUCCAUCACUGAAACAACCAUGGACUACCGGCUCAAUGUGUUUCUGCGACAGCAGUGGAAUGACCCCCGACUGGCCUAUAAGGAAUAUCCGGACGACUCUCUGGACCUGGACCCCUCCAUGUUGGACUCCAUUUGGAAGCCUGACCUGUUCUUUGCAAAUGAAAAGGGAGCUAACUUUCACGAGGUCACAACAGACAACAAACUGCUCAGGAUAUUCUCCAACGGAAACGUCCUCUACAGCAUCAGGCUGACACUUGUCCUUUCCUGUCCCAUGGAUCUGAAGAACUUCCCCAUGGACAGCCAGAAGUGCACGAUGCAGCUGGAGAGCUUCGGCUACACCAUGAACGAUCUGAUUUUCGAGUGGCUGGAUGUGGGGGCCGUGCAGGUGGCCGACGACCUGACCCUCCCUCAGUUUGUGCUGAAGGAGGAGAAAGGCCUGGGCUAUUGCACCAAGCACUACAACACAGGUAAAUUCACCUGCAUUGAGGUCAAAUUCUACCUGGAGCGGCAGAUGGGCUACUACCUGAUCCAGAUGUACAUCCCCAGCCUGCUCACCGUCAUCCUGUCCUGGGUGUCCUUCUGGAUCAACAUGGACGCGGCUCCGGCCAGGGUGGGACUGGGGAUCACCACGGUGCUCACCAUGACGACGCAGAGCUCUGGCUCCAGGGCCUCCCUGCCAAAGGUGUCCUAUGUGAAAGCCAUAGACAUCUGGAUGGCGGUGUGCCUCCUCUUCGUGUUUGCCGCGCUGCUGGAGUAUGCGGCCGUUAAUUUUGUUUCACGGCAGCACAAGGAGUUCUUCAGACUGAGGAAGAAGCUCAAAGAGCAACAGCGUCAGAGAACUCAGGGAAGCGGUGACAGUAAGUCGAAAGGAAAAAACAUGUCAGGCAACAACACUCCUCACGGGAACGUCUCCCAGCAGUGCUCCGCCUGCGCCAAGGAGGAUGAAAUGACAAACCAGGGUUUCCUCUUCCAGAGUUAUGGACUUGCGCUGUCAUCAGUAGGUGUGGCAGAAAUGGAUGCACCGGUCUCUGCCGAUCUACCUCCUGGUUUGGGUUUCUACGACAUCCGCAAGCGCUUUGUGGAUCGAGCAAAAAGGAUUGAUACCAUCGCCCGGGCUGUGUUCCCCAUGAGUUUCCUCAUGUUUAAUGUCCUCUACUGGCUCACCUACAAAGUCCUGCGGCAUGAAGACCUUCUAGCCGCGCCGUGAGGACACAAGGACUGGAUUGUGAACACAGCGGAUACCUUGAAUCCUGCUUUCCUCACUGAAACAUUUACAGUCCUCAGCGGAGCCCUGCAGAUGCGUUGUGACUGCAUGUCCAGUGCCAUGGACAUUUCUAUGACAUGGAAGCAUUCAUGGGUUUCUUUCAACUUUGAAUAAUUUAAAAGAAAUGCACUUUUUCUCCGCACUGAUGGUUUAUACAUUGCACAUCAGUGUACAGUAUGCGUCUUAAGUAUAUCACCUCACAAUUUGUUACGGGAAAUGUCUGUAUGGCCAGAUACUGUAACUUCACUGAAGCACUUCCUCUACAGGCAUACAUUUUUUUAUUCUAAUAUUCCUGCUGUCAACUGUUUCCCAUAACACAGGUUUCUUACCACCAAGACAAAUAACAUGUCACUACAAAAGUAGCAACUUUACUUUACAGGCCUGGGAAAUACAUUAAAGGAAAAUACAUAUAUUUUAUUUGUAUUUUAUUAGGCUUCGGUAAUCCAGGUUUGAAUGCUCUUUAUUUUCUUACAGACAUGAUAUUUAUCAGUUCACAUUUCUAACCCUCCUUUGUGUAAUAAGAACUGGAAUAAUCUGUUUUUGAAAUGUGUUUCAUAUUAAAUUACGGCAUUUAAUGCCUGAAGGACUGAUGGAUAUUGUCCAGAUAUUUUAUGAAGUUACUAUAUAUUGAUAUAAUGGCAUAGCAAAGCAUAGCCAAAUAUAGAAGAUAUGUUUUUUAUCAUUAAUCAACCUCGACCACCAUCAGGGUACAUGGGAACAGUGAUCAUAAUGUACUAAGGUCUCCUCAGGUCUGCACAAUGCCAGGUGUAUCAGUGUUUAACCCGACUAAGUAACACUCUGAGUAUAAACUGUCUGUUUUUUUUUUUCUUUAGAAACAAAAAAGGAAAUCCUUUGUUGGUCAAUAUAAAAUAAAUGCUUUGUACCCUAA